ACGUCCCCGAAGCGCACACAGCGGAGAGAGUGCGGCGCGCGAGUGUGAGGCAGCGAGAUAACGGCGAGUUGUUGCCCCCUGCUCCACUCCAGCAAGAGCAAACCAAGCCCGGCUGAUUGAGGGGGGUUCCGCACAGUGUUCUGCUCGCCAGGAGGAGGGAAGCGAGGGAUUUUGGAGCCGCAGGUUUUUUUUAUUCUUUUCUUUUUUCUCCCCCCCCACCCCCCCGUUUGUCACCCCCGUUUUCCCCCUGAACGAGGAUUCCGUCUUUUCCGCGGUGGUUUGUUUCUCUCUCUCGCCGCAAAGAUGAUGGUCGGAGAGGUCGAAGUGAAGGAGCGACCGAGGCCGAGUCCCGACUAUUUGAUGCAGUUGCUGAACGAGAAGAAGCUCAUGACGAGUUUGCCAAAUCUCUGCGGCAUCUUCACGCACCUGGAGCGGCUCCUCGACGAAGAGAUCAACAGAGUGCGCAAAGACAUGUACAGUGACACAGUGAAUGGCCUUGUGGAAAGACACCCCCUGGAGCUACCUGAGGCUUUGGGACCCAUCGUCCACCUGCAGGAAAAACUGUUUGUGCCUGUCAAAGAGUACCCUGAUUAUAAUUUCGUGGGGAGAAUCCUUGGCCCUCGGGGUCUUACAGCCAAACAGUUGGAAGCAGAGACGGGAUGUAAAAUCAUGGUGCGAGGCAAGAGCUCCAUGAGAGACAAGAAAAAGGAGGAGCAGAACAGAGGAAAGCCGAACUGGGAACACCUAAAUGAAGACCUUCACGUCCUGAUCACAGUGGAGGACACACAGGCCAGAGCUGAGCUCAAGAUGAGGAGAGCAGUGGAGGAGGUCAAGAAGCUCCUCGUACCUGCUGCGGAGGGAGAAGACAAUUUGAAGAAGAUGCAGCUGAUGGAGCUGGCGAUCCUCAAUGGGACGUACAGAGACAACAACAUCAAAUCACCCACCCUUGCGUUCUCUCUUGCAGCGGCGGCAGCGGCCGCUCAGGGCUCUCGCCUCAUAGCGGCCCCCUCAGGUCAGGUGAUGCCUCAACAGUCACUCCGGCCCCAGACACCAGGUGGGGGCCAAAUCAUGAACCUCAUCCGGCCAACUCAGAUGGCUACCAUGAUGCCUAAUGGCACUCCCACCCUGGUGCCUCCCUCAGCGGAUGGCGGGCUUAUCUACACCACCCCUUACGACUACCCUUAUGCCCUGGCACCCACCUCCCUGCUGGAGUACCCCAUCGAUCACAGUGGGGUUCUAGGUAAGAGAGCCUGGGGAAGCAUGGGUACAGCUUUCAACUUUAGCCAGCCUGGACACGAGGCCAGCUUGUUUUACCCCGGAGGGGUGCUGGACGCGGCUUCCAUGAGCCACAGUCAGGACUUUUUGAAAGGUGCAAUGGCUACUAAAGUGAGACGGCAUGACACGCGGGUCCAUCCUUACCAAAGGAUUGUGACCGCUGACAGAGGUUUGUUUUCCUGUCCUCCCCAACCACCACCACCUUUCCCAUCCCAUACAUCCACAAACCAGCUAAAUGGUUGAUUGUGCCGCCACCGGCAACUAACACAUGACCUUCUGACCUCUGAACUCUUCACCCAAUGACGAGCCGCCCCAAGCCUGCCUGCUGAUCAGUUAACUGGUAAUUGCCUUUUGCUAGCCUCUCGGACGCAAGUGAGAGAGACAGAGAGAGAGAGAGGCGCCUGCCUGUACAGUUACCCUAACAAGUUCUGACAAAAAACAAACCAAUAGAAACCAACGCAGAGUCUUCACAGAAACCCAACGAAACCCAACAAAGUUGUGUAAUAUUCAUUUUUUCACUUGAGUUCAAUUCCCAUUCUUUCUCUUUCUUUUUCUUCAUGAAUCAUAUACUGGGUGGAUGUGUUUGUGGUAUUACUCAUGAAUCUGCACUGAAUUAUAUAGCAAUAAAGACCCCACCCCACCCUCACCACCCACUCCCCUGUAACUGCUCUGAUUUGGUGACGUCACUUGUACGAGUCCAACUUCAAUAACAUUUGACACGAACCCUUUGGUUUCAGAGCGAUGACAUAAUCCCUCUCAAAUGUACAUCUGUCCCUCCCCAAAACAAUUUUAAAUACCGAAGAGCCCCAACCUGAUCCCACCCUGUUACACCACCCAUCCGCCGUGGGAGAAAAAGAAAUAGAAGGAAAGGGAACACACGCUCACAUUAACUUGUUUAAUUUCUGUCAUUUUUACAUGUUGAGAUCUAAGAUGUAAUGAUGAGCUGACACAUUCUGGGUGUGCCCCCUCAAAACAGCUUCCUGUCUGUUUUUAAAAAGCAUGGCUGAAAUGAUUGCAAAAGGAGCUUUUUAUGAUUUAUGUGUUUUCUCCUCUGUCUUGUGUUUUAUUUUUUUUAUUUUGCUUUACGUUUUGAGCCAUUUUCUCCACUUGAUUUUGGUUUCUCUGUUGUUCACAUUAUGAGUUUUGCUUAAAUCGACUAAGGCAGGUGGUUUUCUCUGGAAAAUAAAAUGCAAUCUGAUGUUCGAAGCAGGCUGCAAAAAGCUAAGAAAUUAUGAAGGGCAAGAUGGGAAGGUCAAAAUUGGGCUGAUGGGUCCGUGUGUGUGAUUUUUGUUUAAUUUUUUAAUUAAUACUACAAUGAAAGUAGGGUGUGCUGAGGCUUCGGGGGCAGUGCUUGGGGCAGAGCUCAUUUGCUGCUGUCCGUUGCCACGCCCCCAUCCACACUACAUUCAUUUUACAGUGCCUGAUGUAUUUAGACAAAAUAUCUCUUGAGUUAGCUGAGCUGUGAUCAAAAAAAAAAAAAAAAAAAAGUAUUAAGUGUGCAUAUUUAGCCAAAGGGUUUUCCAAUGAAUUAUAUAUCUGCAAUUAUGCAUCUGUCCGACAGGGCUCUCUUUGUGAUUUUAGAGUUUAGGGUGUGAAUUUGUGGUGCCUGCCUUCAGAUGGAACAGACAGCCGGUCAGUUUAAAGAUUUCUUUCGACCCAUUGAUGCUCCAUUUCUUCUGAGUAGGUGAAAGAUAUUACGGCUUUUAACACUAAUUCAACAUGCUACUCAGUUGCAGUAUGUUGGAAGGGGACAGGCACUAAGAGUUAAGUACAUAAAAGCUUUUGUCAGGACUCUAUAGUGAGUUGUUUCAUCAGCCACAUUGCCAAAUGGGUGUUUGUUUUAUCUCUAAACCUCAACAUUUGGCCAAUUUUAUUAAACAGACUUUUUUAGUAGCGCCAGGUAAACAUUUUCCAUCAAUAGGGACAUUAGGUUGGCAGAAUCUGAGACUCCCUAUUAUUUAGUGUAACUUUGAGUUGGUUUCUUUUCCCGGUGAAACUUUCAUUUUUUCAACACAUGCCAAACCACCCAAAAGCGCAUCCACAAUGUGUCACACCUCCCUGUGAUCAUAGUUUAAAUCCUGAGCCCCAUGAUCUUGAUUUUUCUUUUUUGUUUAACUCUCUCAAGAAAAAAUAGGAUGUGAAAGCCAUGCCUGCCUGUUCAAAUUGCUUUAUACAUACGUCUUAUAUAUAUAUAUAUAAAUAUAUAUAUAUAUAAAUAUAUAAAAAUGUAGAUAUCUGUCAUUGCAUAUACAAAUACAGAAGAGAACAAAAAAUAGAUAAUUUUACAGGGUGCUGGAGAAGAGAAAAUAACAGUUUAAAUUCUAUUUUUGGCAAUUUUAGCUUUUGAUACUUUACUUGCAUUAACAAAAUCAGAAAAAUCUAAUAAAAAGAAAAAACAGUAUAUGGAGAAAACAGAAAUACAGAGUGGGUGAGGAAAGGAGGAGCUGUUACCUGGGCUAUGAUUGGAAAGGAGGAUGAAGACCAAAACAGUCAUAACCUUUGGGAAGUUGGAUCAGUGCAAGACACGGAACGUUUUCAAAAAAGAGGAUCAAAUCAAAAGUGCCUUAUCAACAGUGGUUUCUGUUUUCUGAGUGUUCCAGUUGUGUUCAAUAAUAUCCAGCACCCGCCAAGUGGCGCAGAGAGGAAUGGCUAGUGUUACAUGCUCUGAAUAGUCGAGCAGGGUAGCUGCCACCAUAUCGUGGUGUUACCGAAGUUAUUCUAUGCAAAAAGAAUAGCAGUCGUUUUGACCAGCUAAAAUAUGUGCCAUGGUUUUGUCUUCCUGAAUAUUUUUUUUUCCUUUACUUGACAGCCCUUUACUCUGCUGUAUGAGCAGCCUUUGUUUAGAUUUUAAAUGAUUAUGAAAUACUGUCUUGAUUUAUUUUGUUGUCGGAGACUGUGACUACCUUCCUAGAACAAAUUGAACUGCCAAUAGCAACGCGGUAGUCUGCCACAACAUGUUUUGACCGUGAGCUGAGAAAAAAUAGACACAAAUCGUUCGAAAGCGGAAACAAAAGCUUGGAGGGGUCGUCCUCCGUUACGCACGUUUGUUUCAACAGCUGCAAACCGAAGGAAUCCAGUCGAUGUUCUGAUGUCAAUUUAACCUAGAGAAACAAUCAUGAGAUUCACAGAGGACGAAUAUAAGAAAAACCCGGCUGGUUAAUGAAAGGACUUUGUCUGUUUCCCAGCCGCAGUUUUCAGUUAUUGAAACAAGUGACGGGUUAUCACUGGAAGGUAAAACAAAACUCAUCAUAUUAAAUUGAGAGAAUUGUUAGAUCCCAAUAUUUCCUCCCCCCCCGGCAGUUUGUUUUUCUAUUCAUAGCUCUUUCAUCAUGCUGUUACACCGAAAGGUCAAUGAAAUAUAUUUUUUUCUCUUUUUUCAGUGUUAUUUUAAAUUGAAAUGCAAUAUUAAAAGAAAGUGGAGCAAGUGAUGGCUAUUCAGCAUUUGACAGUAUUAAGAAAAUUCCCUCUGCAAUGUUACAACUUGCUGUGUCAUUGUGAAAGGCUGGAUUAGUCCAUCAGGUGAAAGGUGAACUCUAUACCUACCGUAUUCUCUCUGGCCUGCCUACUACAUGUAUGAUAAUGUAAUUAACAGCCAUUGUUACAGGUUUAUAAUGUAUUUUUCUAAUCUCAUUUUAUAUGUAUAUUAAUCAUGUUUCUGAGUGCUUUUUUUUUUUAUGAAACACACUGCUUCUUUUCUCCCCCUCUCCUAAACGUCCCUCCUCCUCCCCCUCUUCUCUUUCCUCAUCUUGGAAACUGUCUCUCGUGGGGAGUGUUGCCUUUUUCCCUGUUAUAUUUUGUUUUUGUUUUCUUGCCAAUUCCCAGCUUGUUUAACUCAUUAGCUACUUUAUUAGUUUUUUCUUGUCAUAAGUAUUUUUACAUGCUUGCAUUUAGUUUUCAUGGUGUAUGCUGUUAUUUUUUUCUUAUUAACCUCUUGGCAUUUAUUUUAAUAAAACAUUCUUAGUAAGAAUUUUA